AUGACUUUAAUUAGUGUCUUACCUAAACAAGAAUUUUGUGAAAAAAUCAAUAAUGUUAGCAAUGAAGUGUGUGGUGGCGUUCUCAAGGAAUGUUAUAAAAAUAACCGCAAACGAGAUUCCGAUGGGCAAUUUGUGAAAACAAAAUACUUACGUUGCCAAACACGUGGUUGUCAAACCUAUCAGUCCAUUCGUAAAAAAAAUCCGUUUUUUACCUAUGUCGAUAUUAAUGGAAAAUGUAAUAGUGGAUUAAGUUUAUGCCAGAUAGUAGAGCUCGUAUGGUUUUGGGCACAUGGUAUGCAAGUAAUUCAAACUAUGAAAUGGACAGGCAGAAGUCAACACACCGUGUCGGAUUGGUACAAUCUUUGCCGUGAUAUUUGUGUUGACCAAUUUGAAAAACGUACGAAAAUGGGUGGUGUAGGAUUCGUAGUGCAAAUAGACGAAUCUUUAUUUCAAGGCAAGCGGAAGUAUAACCGUGGUCGUCUACGUCUGGGAGAUCGUCAACCUAGAGAAGAAAUUGUAGAAUCAGGAUCUAGCAGUUCUGAUACUGAUACUGAAAUAACUAAUCGAAAUUACGGUGUACGCAUUCAGGGGCCGUGGGUGUUUGGAAUGUGUUGUAGACGUGAUAAUAUAGUAGAACGUCGAUUGUUUAUCGUUCAAAAAAGAGACCGCGCCACUUUGCUUCCAAUAAUUAAAAGAGAAAUUGAGCCAGGGACGACUAUUUUUUCAGAUGAAUGGAAAGCUUACAGCUGUUUAAACGAUCAUGGCUAUGUCCACAAUACCGUAAAUCAUAAAAAUAAUUUUAUUGAUCCACAAACAGAAGCUGAAACUCAAACUAUGGAAUGUUAUUGGCGGCAUAUAAAGGUGAAAUAUGGUAUAAAAUCGCAUGGUGCCACUAAUUUGCUGGAAAGGCAGCUUAAAGAAGAAUGGUGGCGCUCCAUAAACACAACAAAUACGUUCGAAAAAUUUUUUAUUGAUAUGAAAAAUACUUUUCAACUUUAA